AUGGUUUUUUCGUUAAGUUCUGGCCCCCCCAAUCUGAUACACAAUUUUUUAACCUCGGAGCGUCCGCAGGCGCUGUCGCCAGGCAGAGGCAGCGCAGCGUGCCUGGAGCAGAGCAGCUUGCCCUACAGCUCGUGCUGUUUCGGCGUCCGCUCCUUCCUGCUCGGCCCGCAUGGCCGGUUCCCUUUGGCGCGUGCUUUGCCGAGCUCGCUGAGAAAAGCGGCAUAUCGGGACAAGGGGGGAGGCGCGAGGAGUCUCCCAGCAUCUGCGUUGAGCCUUCGCGCGUUCAAUGUGCGAGCUGCUGAUGCAUGCCUGCGCUGUGGUUUGAACUACUUUUAA